ACGAAUGCAAAGGUAUCUAGAUACGACGUGUUUCGCGAAAUUCUCUGUCGAAGCAUUCAUGACGUCGGAGACACCAAGGGAGACGUAGCCGAUCCUCUUCCGCGUCCUCGUGUUCACGCGACAAGUCCUAUCUGUCACCCGCAACGUCGACAAGUUGGCCGCGAAGCGAGCGAAGGUAGCGCGGCCGAGCGGACCAGGAGUUAAUGCGAGUGACAGGUGGUUUGACGUUUGCUCGCCAUCGUCGUCAGCGACAGCGCGGCCUGCCAUAUUGCGCGUGAUAUCGGGGGGCGAGACGUCGUUGGCGCGUACGAGCUACCUGAUGACAGAGUGAAUCACAUCCGGAGGAGCAGCGUUCGGGUUCGCCGAGUGUUUACACAACGCCGUGCUCUCCCUCUGCAGAGAGUCUCUCCCCCAGCCCCGCAGCUGUCAGUAAUCAACCACCUACGCGGCGCCAAUAUAGAACGUGCAAAAUGUCGACUGGCCCAUAUAACUAUUCCUACAUCUUUAAAUAUAUUAUUAUAGGGGAUAUGGGAGUAGGCAAAUCGUGCCUGCUUCAUCAGUUUACAGAAAAAAAAUUUAUGGCAGAUUGUCCACAUACUAUCGGUGUCGAAUUUGGAACUAGGAUUAUUGAAGUAGCAGGACAGAAGAUAAAACUGCAGAUAUGGGACACUGCAGGGCAAGAACGAUUCAGGGCAGUUACUAGAUCGUAUUAUCGGGGUGCUGCUGGAGCUUUAAUGGUGUACGAUAUUACACGCCGUUCAACUUACAAUCAUCUCAGUAGCUGGCUGACAGAUACAAGAAAUUUGACAAAUCCAAGCACUGUUAUAUUCUUAAUUGGUAACAAGAGUGACCUUGAAGGACAACGUGAUGUUACCUAUGAAGAAGCAAAACAGUUUGCUGAUGAACAUGGUUUGAUGUUUGUCGAAGCUAGCGCAAAAACAGGGCAUAAUGUGGAGGAAGCUUUCUUGGAAACUGCAAAGAAAAUAUUCCAAAGUAUACAAGACGGACGAUUGGACCUAAAUGCAGCAGAGUCUGGUGUACAACAUAAUCCCAGUCAACCGGGUCGCACCAGUCUUCAAGGAGUAUCUAAUGAACAGCAAGGCGGAAAGGACUCCUGCUCCUGUUAGGUCUUAUUAUUUGUUUGUAUAUAGAUAUAUUAAUUGAUCGGUACUAUUAAUGCAUAUAUGAUUUAUACUAAGUGUAGCUGAUCAGAUUACUCGUAGCCUGUAUCCUCCCUUUGAUAAGCAAAGUCUACUUAAAAGAAAAAUGAAAUGAAAAAAUGAAACAUAUUUAAUUUUCUUUUUUUUUUGUGUCGAUUUACAGUGAUAAAUAUCGACAUAAUAUAGACAUAAGUCAUAAAAGUGAUUCCAAUAAUACUACUAGUUUUUGACGCGGCAAAAGUUAGUGAUCUACCGAUGAAACAGCUUUUGUAUAAUUAUUGCAACUUCUAUACUAUUUCCAUAUAUAGAUUUUUGUAUAUUUCAUGCAUUUUGUUGCAAAGCUGUCAAGAAAAAAAAUAAUUCGUUUCGAGUAUAUAUGCAUAGAAGCCGAUCAAUAUAUUUCCCAAUAUGUUCGACUGAAAAUUUCUGCUAAACAAUGUAACGAUGGACGAGUGAUGAAAUUUACAUUUAUAUCUGCAUGGGAGGAUUACAUAUUUAUUGUAACAUACAAAUUUUUGCUUUAAGAAAUUUAAUCAAGGAAAAUUAACAAAUUAUAAGUCAUAUAUUUCAAUCACUUUUUAAACCUUCUUUAUUUGACAAGAUAUGCACAUUUAUGUAUGUGGGCUUUAUGAUUUCAGUUACCUGUAAAACUUAAUAUAGAUAAAGAGAAAACUAGAGGGAUCAAAAAAAUUAUUUUUCUUUUUGUUAACA